CCCGGCCCCGGCCGGAAGCGGAAGUGCCGGGGGCUGAGGCGGGGCGGCGGUGGCCGCCCCUGGCUGGCGGGGGCGGCGGGGCCGGGCCGGGCCCGCCACGAUGCCCCGGCGGAAGCAGAGCCACCCGCAGCCGGUGAAGGCAGACCCGCUGGCGGGGAAGAUCGCCAUCCCGGCCUACGCGCUGAGCGACGACGACUGCUCCUCCGGCUGCCAGCGGCUGGGCGUGGAGAGCGACCCCGAGGAGGGCGGGGAGCCCGGCCCCGCCGCGCUGCCCUGCCGCCAGUGCGGGCUGCAGCUGGCCGCCAGCCUGGGGCAGAGCUGCCUGCGGUGCGCGGGGGCCGAGGGGGGCCGCAGCCAGCGCAUCGUGUACUCCUGCCAGCUCUGCCCCUUCGCCUCGCACUACUCCAGCCACCUCAAGCGCCACAUGAAGACGCACAACGGGGAGAAGCCGUUCGCCUGCCCGCAGUGUGCCUACGCCUCCGCCCAGCUGGUGAACCUCACCCGCCACCUGCGCACGCACACGGGGGAGAAGCCCUACCGCUGCGCCGGCUGCAGCUUCGCCUGCAGCAGCCUGGGCAACCUCAAGCGCCACGAGCGGGUGCACAGCCAGGACAAGCCCUUCCAGUGCGCCGCCUGCGACUACCGCUGCAACCAGAGCCGCAACCUGAAGCGGCACAUGCUCAGCCACCGCCUGCCCGACGGCGAGGGCCCGCAUCGGCGCGACAAGGACCCAGAGCCGCUGCUGCCGGAGCUGAGCCUGCACGUGGGCAGCGGCAGCGGCCCCUUCCUGCCCGGCUGCGCCCGCCUGCGGGGCGACGAGGCGGCGGCGCUGCCCGAGCUGCUCUUCCCCUUCACGUGCCGCAUGUGCGGGCUGGUGCUGGACGACGGCUUCGCGCAGGACGAGGGCCUGGCCGAGCAGGUCUGCGGGCGCUGCAGCCUGGCGGUGCUGGGCGCCGAGCCGGGCGCCGGCCCCCGCAAGGGCGCCGGGGACAAGGGCUUCGCCUGCAGCCUCUGCGCCUUCGUCACCCACUACCCCAACCACUUGGCGCGGCACAUGAAGACGCACAGCGGGGAGAAGCCCUUCGCCUGCCCGCUCUGCCCCUACGCCUCCGCCCACCUCGACAACCUGAAGCGGCACCAGCGCGUGCACACGGGCGAGAAGCCCUACAAGUGCCAGCUCUGCGACUACGCCUGCGGCAACCUGGCCAACCUCAAGCGCCACGGGCGCAUCCACUCGGGCGACAAGCCCUUCCAGUGCAGCCUCUGCAGCUACAGCUGCAACCAGAGCAUGAACCUGAAGCGGCACAUGCUGCGGCACACGGGCGAGAAGCCCUUCCAGUGCCGGGACUGCCCCUACACCACCGGCCACUGGGACAACUACAAGCGCCACCAGAAGAUCCACGGCCACGCGGCCGAGAGCUGGGUGAACCCGCGCAACGCCAAAGCCCUGCUGGCCCCCCCCGCCGUGGGCGCAGCCCUGCCCUGAGACAGCACUUAGCCCCCCGGGGCGCCUCGGCCGCGGGGCGCCCUGGCCGCGGGGGCCUCGCCCUCCCUGGGGGAGGGACGGCACGGCAGAAGCUCCUCCGGGGCUCGAGCUGCCUUCGUCCGGGCCGGCCGC